AUGUCUUUUGAACCAGACCAAGGUUCCAGUUCAAGUCGUAAUGCUGCCCCAACUUCAUCUUUAGAUCUUCAAUCACCUGCAUCAGGAUCAGGAUCCACACCACCACAAGGCUUUACAACGUCAUCAUUCUCAACAACUAAUGACAAGACACAAGUAUUGACAUAUAACACGUUUUUCCAAAGACUAAUCACAGUUUUCCAUGCCAUUAAUACACAUUUAACAUUUCUACUGGCACACUCACGUGCAGUCAUUCCUUCCAUUACAUUGCUCCAAAAGUUUGACAACUCGAUAACGGCUCUUGAACUAGCCAUAUUCAAGUAUUUGUUUCCAGAAGAUGAAAUUUUUUUCGAUUAUGUCGAUGAAAACCAGAUUAUGCUAACAUUUGUUGAAGAGGUUAAAGUGAAUCAGAAAGGCUACCACCAAACACCAGUUGCAGAUAAAUUUGAGGAUACACCUAGGCAAUCGAAACAAAUAUUAAUAUUUGAUUUCCAAGAUGUCAAGAUUCACGGGAUUGGUAAAGUCAUUAAGGGCAACAAGAGACUCAAGAAACAGCAAGAGCCAAAGGAGUUUAGUACACACCGAAGACAGAAUUUCUUUAUUAGCAGCAAUGAGAAUAUCGUUGCUCCAUUGAAAAAAGCACAUAUAACGAAAAUUAUUCAAGGGAGGGAUACUUUGUUCCAACAAUGUUUGCAAAAAUUUAUUUUGCAAUACAAAGAGCAAAACGAGGCUGCUAAAGCUCUUGAGCAAAAAGCCAAGUUAUUGAUACCAGAAGAACCGCAUUUUGAAGACAUGGUACAAGUUUUGGAAGCAAAGGAGACCGUUCCAGUUGUAAAAACCAUCGACAAGUCAUUAAUUUCAGUUGAGCGAAUGAUUGAAACGUUAAGAAGUUCGAAAUUUUACGUUGAUCAAAUUUCAUCUGAGCACUUGUUAAACGAAGCACAAGAGGCUCGAUUUCAACAACUAAAUGCAAGCAGUAGUGAAUAUUUGCACCCUGAAUUGAGCGACGCUUUGUUCAAUUCCAAAGGUAUAUCUAUCGAAGAUGGUCUCUAUACCCAUCAAGCCUUAGCCUUGGAUGAAUUACUCGAUGACGCAUCUCAAUCCAAUUUGAUAAUCAGUACACUGACGGCUUCUGGAAAGUCAUUGGUGUAUCAGCUACCUAUAUUAAAUUCAAUUCUUUGGGAUAUAACCAACCACGUGCAAGGUCGUCAUGCCACAGCGUUGUUUAUUUUCCCUACAAAAGCACUUGCACAAGAUCAAAUCCGUCAUUUCCAAACAUUUUUAACCCAUUUACCAAGUCACUUGACUCGUCCUAUUGUUAUCAAUACAUAUGAUGGAGAUACGCCAUUUCUGGAGCGAAACAAGAUUCAAAGAGACUCGGACAUCUUGUUUACUAAUCCCGAUACUAUACAUGCUUCAAUCUUGCCCAACCAUCACUUUGGAGCUUGGGUAGAAUUCAUUAAAGCAUUAAAAUUUGUUGUUAUGGAUGAACUUCACGUUUACAAAGGCAUAUUUGGCAUCAAUGUUGGCUAUGUGAUGGCCAGACUCAAUCGAAUCAAGCAUAUACUUUGUCCCGAGGGUCCUCCAAUCAGGUAUGUUUCAUGUUCAGCUACUAUUGCUAAUCCCAUUUUGCAUUUCAAAACCAUUUGCUCUUUACCAGAAGAUGCCAAGGUUGUUCAUAUACAAGAUGAUGGAAGUGCCAAGUGUGAAAAAAGAUUGAUUGUUUGGAAUCCACCGGUAUUGAUGAACAAUGCUGGAGAGCGCGGUCCUGCUGACUCCAAUAGCAAUUUAAUACCCAGAGUCAGCCCCAUAGCUGAGCUGGCCAAACUAUUACUUACGAUACUCACCGAGCUUCCGGGACUACGCGUUAUUGUUUUUUGUCCCAUAAGGGUAGUUGCUGAAAUGAUGAUGAGAGAAGUUCGUACUCAACUUCAAAGCUCACAGAUUAAGCAACUGGGGAUAAGCCAAAGUGAUAUCAUGUCUUAUCGAGGUGGAUAUAGUAAAUCCGAUAGACGGAUCAUUGAGAAAAAAAUGUUUGAUGGCCAGUUGCGUGCAAUUGUAGCUACCAAUGCAUUGGAAUUGGGAAUUGAUUUGUCAGAUUUGGAUGUGGUUAUUACUUGUGGGUUUCCAGUGCUGAAGCUGAAUUUGCAUCAACAAUUUGGAAGGGCAGGGCGCGGGAAACUGGCAAGUGGCAGUUUGGCCAUUUUUGUACCGAUGCGAUCUCCUAUUGAUCAGUAUUACAUUGAGCAUGCUCAUGAGCUACCACAAAGGUCGUAUGAAGAUUUAUGUGUUGACUCGUUAAGGGAUAUGGAGCAUGGUCUGUUACUUUUGGAGCGCCACUUACAAUGUGCAGCUUACGAGCAUGCUUUGGAUAAGGUGGAUGACUACCAAUGGUUUUCCCAGGGCAAGACGUUGGAACAGUUUCAAAAGCUCUUGGCGGAGCAACUAGUUUUGGACGUUGAUGAAAAGUACAAGACCCAUCCCCACUUUAUGCCCAAACCCACCAAGUUAGUUCCCAUUAGAGCUAUCGAAGAUGAGACUGUAGCAAUUGUUGAUAUAACAAACAAUCGAAAUAUUGUUAUUGAAGAAGUUGAGUUACUGAGAACAACCUUUACGGUGUAUGAGGGCGGCAUAUUUCUUCAUCAAGGUCAACCUUAUUUGGUUAAAGAGUUUAACCACAAGGACAAAUAUUGUAAAGUUGAACGAGUAAAUGUUGAUUGGACCACUUCUCAAAGAGACUAUACAGAUGUCGACCCUGAAGAAGUGGAAUUGGUAAAGCCAAUUAAGCCCGUGCACAUGAAUCAACAGUUGGAUACACCUGCUUUUUUUGGCAAGAUCCAAAUUACUAUGAAAGUGUUUGGUUUUUUCAAAGUCAAUCGAAAAGAGGAAAUCUUGGAAGUUGUUGAAGUGAAAAACCCACCAGUCAUUGCUUAUGCUAAAGGAUGUUGGUUAAAUGUAUCUAAACAAGCUAUUGAAAUUAUUAGGGCAAAAAAGCUUUCUGCCUCGGGAGGUAUACAUGCUGCAGCGCAUGGAAUUAUGAAUAUGCUUCCCCUUCAUAUUAACUCUGCGAGGUCCACGACUUCUCAUGCAAUGGACUUUGAAAUGGCAACUGAGUGCAAGGCGCCUUCUAAGGAGUUCAAGGCGACUGAGACAAAAAGAAAACGGCCUGCGCGAUUAGUGUUUUAUGACACUAAAGGUAAUAGAAAUGGCUCUGGAUAUUCGUACAAGACAUUUGAAUGUAUCGAUGAGCUCAUAUAUGCCACUUUCCAUCGUACUUAUAAAUGCGAGUGCAAAUGGGGAUGUCCGCUAUGUAUUGUUAGUGCAACAUGUAGAGAGCAAAUGAGGGUGAUGUCCAAACCUGCGGCAAUCAUUAUAUUGGCGUCGUUUUUGGGACUCAAUUUGGGAAAAGUGGCAGAAGAAUUGCCCGAUGGACCAGAACCAGGAAUGCCACCUGUGCUACAUAAUACUAUCCUGGACACUACUGCUGCGGUUAAAUUUUCACCGGAUGUCAAGAUACUAAACAUAGGGGGCGAGAGUGACCAAGGUCUUGUCUAG